CUGACGUCAUGACGCCGCGGUCAGAACGUCGAAGCCUAAGGAAGACAAGAACCUGCCGGGUUGCGAGCAUUUGUGCGACCGUCUCGCUGUCGCCGUGGGCCGCUGCUGACGAGUCUAGGGGGCGAACGGCUGAGACAGUGAAAAAGCAGUCUGGCUCCUGAGGUCCACCCCUUAUGCCCCAAGGUCCAGAUGGCGGCCAACGUGGGUGAUCAACGUAGCACGGAUUGGUCCUCUCAGUACAGCAUGGUGGCCGGGGCAGGCAGAGAGAACGGCAUGGAGACGCCGAUGCACGAGAACCCGGAGUGGGAGAAGGCCCGCCAGGCUCUGGCCAGCAUCAGCAAAGCAGGAGCUGCCGGCAGCUCCGCCAAGGCCAGCAGCAAUGGGCCCGUGGCCAGCGCUCAAGUGAGAAGGCACACAGUGCCUGGGCGCCCCGCGCGGGGGCUGCUAGGGGUGGGGCACGCUUGGUAUUCUCUCGUAUCACGAGGGCAGGGUGUCCUGAAGAGGUUUGGGAGUCGUCAGAUAAGGGAAGCAGAGUCUGUUUCCUUGGAGAGCUCAGGGCGCCACAUGGUCCUCAUCCCGGGGGAUCAGCCUGAAGAGGGGGAUGUGUCCGGGGUCUCCGAGGUGACCCAAGUCCACUGUGGCAGCCUGUCUUCAGGAUUUUCGCCCAGCAUGUGCAUGCGCACCUGUGCGGUCAUGUGCACAGUCUGGCCUUGGCGUUUAACAUGCAGUGCGGAGUGUGGAGCUGGUGCACGGAGGUGGGGAAGCCUGGCCUGGCACCGCAGCUCCCCCCUGGCGGUGUCGGAACCUGCCCCGUGA